CAUGGCGAUCAGCACCGACAUAUUCGAGGUGUCUAGUGAUUCACGACAGGACCUGAUUCGAUGGCUGGCUCCGUAUAUGCCUACAUGUAUCGCCCUUUAUCGACGUAUACAAUUUGGGCAGUUCAAACCAGGCUCUCGGUUAUUCAGUUCCGUCAACCUUGCCAGUCCCGCUCAUGAAAGGAACGCCAACGACCCAUGGAUCGUCGCCUUCGUCGACCGUACAUGCAGGCCGGAGACUGAGGUCUGGGUAGCGGCCAGCUGGGAACACAACACGCCAGCGGACGACUCAUGGCUUCCACAAGCGGAAAACCUCGUCAGAUCAAUGAUCGAGAGCAUCAGCAAGGUCGGAACUUCUCCUCAACAUGCUGGUACUACCAUCGACUCUGGAAAAUCUACAACACUUUCUUCAACAUUCAAUGGUAGUGCGAGUGUUGAUAGAGAUCACUAUCUGCAGCACAUGCAGAAUGAGCAAAUCGUCUUGUUCGGAUCCGUACAUAGCUCCACUUGUGCGAUUUUGAACAGGCUGGGCCUUGUCGACCCAAGCUCCGCUGCAGUAUCGAACUUGCCAUAUAGGAAGUACCUCUUUGACCUUAGAGACAAUCUGCCUCCUGGCUUUGUGUAUGGCAAGGUUGACCCUAAGGACUACCCGCUGGUCAAGUCACGCACGCAGAUCCCUCGACAGGACAGGACUCUGGUCAAGCUACCCAGUGUUGCGAUAUAUCCUACGGACUCUUCAUCUGUCACACCACAGCCAAUUGCUUGGGCUUUCCUCGGAUUGGACGCUUCACUCACGACCUUGCAUGUUGAGCCCGCGUACAGAGGUCUUGGGCUAGCUAAGAGCCUGAGCCUCAAAUUGUUCUCAGAAGACAUGAAGAUAUACUGGCAACACAAUCCGACUACUGGAGAGGAUAUUCACAACGGAGAAAGGUAUGGUCACGCAGAUGUGGCAACAGAUAACAUCGCAAGUCAGAGAGUGUGUGAAAGUCUGAGUGGAAAAUGGGAUUUUGAAGUUNUUUGGAUGAGAAUUGUUUUGGCA